CCACCUCGACGCCCAACAUCCCCAACAUCCCAACGGAUGACGACCUCCAAAGCAAGCGCCAGCGAAGCCGGUCCUUCGUCCGGACCAAGUUCAUCUACCACUCGGAGAGGUGGCUUGAGUUGCUCAGAGUGUCGAAGAUCGAAAUUGAAAUGUGACAGGACCUUUCCUUGUCAAGCUUGUAUAAGACGUGGUUGUGCUGCAAUUUGUCCAGAUGGAACUUUGGCGGCGACCAAGGGCAAUAAAGUUCUCGCGGCUCAUGCGGAGAAGUUGACAGAGCGAGUCAAGGUCAUGUCUGCACGUAUCAAGGAACUCGAAACAGCCCUUGCCGACGCGAAUAGAGCCGGGAGUUCCUUGUCCCAUUGUCACCUUCGCGACUCCGACGAUCGACGACUUGAAGAUGACCCGGAAAGUGGAGACCAGUGGGAGCCGAAUUAUCCUAAUGAGUCGGCGGGAGACAUGUCAGACCUUGUUGGGACUAUGUCUGUAGGCCUAGACGGACAAAGGCGUGGCUCUGGAGAGAUAUUGAAACCCCAUACACCGUCUGCGGACCCCGCCGAAGACACUCUAGAAUCACUACCGACAGAUAUUGUGCACCUUUCCAAUGCAUUUCCAUUUGGGAUCCCAAACACGCCCCACACCACUCUCCUCUUCGCAAAUUUCAUUCCAUCACGUGAACAGGUGGCUCGCUUUGCCGAACUUUACUAUUCGAACGCAGCUUGGUUCUAUGAUCCUGUUAUUGAGAAAGAUUUCCAGCAAAACAUCUUCGACCCCAUCUAUUCUACUACGACACCGUCGUCCUCCACAAGAACAUCUAUCCUCUCGUCAUUCCAUCCACAUUCAUUGGCAAUCUUCUUUUUGGUUGUGGCGACCGGUUCCCUGUUUGGCGAGCAACCCUUUGCAAGAACCGUCUCAGAGCAGUAUUAUGCUCUUGCCCGGGCUGCCUUCUCGUUGAAAUCCAUCGUCCACGAGUCCAGUGUAGCAUCAGUGCAAGCCUUGUUCAUGUUUAUCCUGUUCAAGUACUACACGGAUCGGUCAACGAGCGACAAUCGGUGGUUGUUGAGCGGUCUAUGCUUCAGACUUGGUCACACAUUCGGGCUCCACCGUGACCCUGCAAACUGGAAUCUUACUCCAGAAGAAGUGCAGCGCCGAAGACAUGUGUUUUGGGAGUUUUAUACUUAUGAUUCGUGGACAUGUAUGGUACUAGGUAGACCUCCUGGUCUCAGUUUGAAUUAUGCCGACUGCAACUUCCCAGAGGAUAACUCUCCGCACAUCAAUAGCGCUGGUGAGGUCGAGUUUGGCUAUCAUUCUUGGAAACAUCGAUAUGCAGCGACUUGCGUUUCAGCCUGCGUUCCACGAACAUUGGCUGCCCAGCGUCUUCCAUACACCUCGAUUUUGGAUCUGGACAAACGCAUUCGUACUUUUCCGACGCCACAACACCUCCAGAGUCCGGUCGACCGAAACGAUACACGGUACGCAUGGAAAGCAGAUCCGUCGUCCGCUGUCCAACAGUGUUGUCACGCAAUCGUCCGGGAGGCCAAUUUGAUGCACAUGCACAGAAAUUUCCUUGUGCAGGCCUUGCAGGACCCGGAUGAUCCUCUGAAGCACAAGUACGCUCCAUCCGUGCGGGCUGCUUAUCGAGGUGCAUGCCAGCUAGUGUCAACCAUCCAGUCUUUCUAUGCUGUACAUCCUGAUAUGGGCGGUCGCGUUUGGUUCUUUUGGUCCAGUAUUUUCUCUGCUUGCGUCAUCCUGGCGGCGGUUAUCAUCCACAAGCCAGGCUGCAGCCUAGGACAAGGAGCUUUCCUCGAGCUAGGAGGCGCUCGCCUCUUCUUCAAAGAGUGCUCUCAUAACAGCCAGCCUUCGGCGGAAAGUUUGAAGGCUCUGGACAGACUAUAUGAACGAAGCAAGAACGUCCUUCAAGAGUUUAGGGCCACUGGUAUCGAGCCCAUGCGCGCACGAACCUCGAGUCUCCACGGGAGCCCAGGGUCAAGGGAUGGUGGUGCUUCUAUGCCAGCCAUGAACACCCCGCCAACCCCAUUAACGACAAACCUUCAUCACUCCCACCAAUAUACCACUUCCCACGAACAAGUUGGGAAUACGUCGAACCACGCAGAUGCAUACAGCAUUUCCAAUGCAGCUCAAGCCAAUUACUCUUCUUUCGCCACGGUCGGCGGCUCCCAGAUGAUGACCGAAAUGGGCAACUCAAGUUCGCAUUCACAUACCUUCGAAAUGAGUCCUCCUAUCGUUCCCAGUCAGAGCGACCAUCAGGCACACUUUCUCGCGGGUCUCCCACUUGACCCUAUGUACUGCUCGACUUCGUCGCACGCGCUGUCCUCCGCUGACAAUACGGGUCACUCUACUCUCAACUACGGUGUACCAGGCACGGGUACUCAUUAUGGAAUACAACCGCCAGAACCGAUGCCGUACCACUCGCCGACAUUCACGCCGUACAUGGAUCCGGCCUCGGGUUUGGCGAAGUUCAGCACGGGCGAAGGAGAUAUGAAUAUUGAUCGGCAGGAUGGAAAUAAAGCAUGGACUGGCUUCGUGCAGCAGUUGUUUUAGACUGAAACAAAGGUUCCGACGAGCAGGGGCAUAUGGAUGGACCUCUACUUUAUUUAACCACUCGAAAGCUGAACAAUGUUUUUUCUGCGAAGCAUCGGGUCAAAUCGAGCGGUUUUUUUCUUCUCCCCUAUACUUGUAACGUUUGUGCAGCACAUACACGCCUGCCAUAGCAUCUUAGGCGUGGACUCUAGAAGAUUGCUGUAGAAUAAUAUGCUUGAGACUCUGUCACCUUUACGAUAUGUACUCGGGUCUAAUACUACAUCGCGUCAGUCGCGGUACAACC